AUGUCUUUGAAUCAAAUGCAGAUCAAGCAGGAAAUCACCCUCCCACCUGGCCUGAGCAAAGUGAAUUCAAAGCAAAUCCAUGAGCCUGUGCCCUGCACUGAGCCGGUCCCAUGUCCACAGCAGCAACCUGAAGUCCAAGUCCCAACACCUUGUCCAGAACCAGUCCCAGUAGUAGUGGUACCAUGCCCGGAAAAAACAGUGCCAUUGCCAACACCAGUGGUGGAACCCAGCAAGGGAGAAACACCAGUGGUCAUAAUACCCCAGUGCCCACCCCAGGAGCAGCAGCAGCAACAGCAAUGCACAUUACCACCAACUUUCCCACCUGUAUCAUGCCCUGAGCCUGUUCCGUGCCCUGAAGAGAAACCAGCGUGCAAAGAGCUGCCUGUGCAAGACCCUGUUUCCUGCUCUGAACCAACUCCACAAGUGCAGGAGAAGCAGGAGUGCAAGGAGAUCCCUCUGCCAGUUCCUGUUACCUGCCCGGAGGAUGCAGCAUGUCCCCAAGAGAAGCAGGAAUGCAAGCAGAUCCCUGUGCCCAUCCCUGUUCCAUGCCCUGAUCCUGCACCAUGUCCCCAGGAGAAGCAGGAGUGCAAGGAGAUCCCUGUGCCCACCCCAUGCCCUCCAGAGAAGCAGGAGUGCAAGGAGACCCCCGUGCCAAUCCCUGUUCCCUGCCCUGAACCCACACCAUGUGUCCAAGAAGAGCAGCAGUGCAAGGAGAUCCCUGUGCCAAUCCCUGUUCCGUGCCCUGAGCCUGCACCGUGUCCUCAGGAGAAGCAGGAAUGCCAGGAGGUCCCUGUGCCAACCCCCGUUCCAUGCCCUGAACCCACACCGUGUGUCCAAGAAGUGCAGCAGUGCAAGGAGAUCCCCAUGCCCACCCCCUGCCCUCAGGAGAAACAGGAGUGCAAGGAGACCCCCGUGCCAAUCCCUGCCCCCUGCCCUGAGCUUCCAGAGAAAUGCCCUCCCAUCGAGCAGCAGCAGGUGAAGCAGCCCAACCAGUGGCCCCCCAUGCAGAAGUAA